AUGACACCCCGCCUCCGCGCUUCCGGCCCCGCCCCCCUCCGGCAGCCGGGCGGGGCCGCGGGGGCGAUGGCGGCGGCGGCGGCGGCGGCUCGGGAACGGCGCCGGGAACAGCUGCGGCGCUGGGAGGCGGCGGUGGCGGCCGCUCCCCCCGCUCCGGGCCCCCCCCGGCCGCCCCGGGCCCGCUCCGUUCGAUUCGAGAGGGCGGCCGAGUUCAGAGCCGUCUGCGCAGGCGCGGACCUGGCGGAGGCGCGCGCCAUGGUGAGCGCGGGAGGGCGCGCGCUGCUGGGCGGGGCCAACGCGGAUGGGAUCAGCGCGCUGCACCAGGCGUGUAUCGAUGAGAACAUGGAGGUGGUGCAGUUCCUGGUGGAGAGCGGAGCCGACGUCAACCAGGCGGACAACGAGGGCUGGACCCCCCUGCACGUGGCCGCGUCCUGCGGAUACCGGGACAUCGCGGAGUACCUGCUGGCUCAUGGGGCCGACGUGGCGGCGGUGACGAGCGAUGGGGAGCUGCCCCUGGAGGUGGCUGAGGACGAAGGGCUGGAGGAGCUGCUGCGGGAGGAGGUGGAGCGCAGAGGGGUGGAUGUGGCAGCUGCCAAGAGGGCGGAGGAGGAGCGGAUGCUGCGCGACACGCGGCGCUGGUUGGACGCUGGGGAGAUCCGGGACGCCAGGCACCCGGCCACAGGGGCCAGCGCUCUGCACGUGGCAGCAGCCAAGGGCUACAUCGAGGUCAUGAGGCUGCUGCUGCAGGCGGGUUAUGACCCCGAUGUGAGGGACAAGGACGGCUGGACCCCGCUGCACGCGGCUGCGCACUGGGGAGUGGAGGAGGCCUGCAGGCUGCUGGCUGAGCACCUCUGUGACAUGGCGCCCCGCAACAACGUGGGGCAGCGUCCUUGUGACCUGGCAGACGAGGAGACCCUUCCCCUCCUGGAGGAGCUGCAGCGGCGGCAGCACCACCUCCGCUCCCAAAAAGACCCAGGGACCCCCCCAGCCCCCAUAACUCUGGACCCCGAUGGAGCACCAGCUUCUACCUGGAGCAGUAAGCACCGCCGGAGCUCAGUGUGUCGCAUGAGCAGCCGUGAGAAGAUGUCGGUGCAGGAUCAGUCCAAGGAGCGUCCGGUGCUGGGGGUCCUUCCCCCCCCCGGGGACGAGGACAGCGGCGAUGAAGGGGAGACCCCUCCCCAAAUGGGUCCUCCCAUGGAAGCGGCCCCACUCAGCCCCCCCAAUGGGGUCCCUGAUGGCCCCCCCAUGAAGGGUCCCAGCUCCGGGUUGUGCCGUACCGGCAGUUUGGGGGCGCUGCCCCCCCCCGCCCCCCCCCAGGAUUUUGGGGUCCGUCGUUCCGCCUCCUCCCCCCGCCUGGACUCUGCCCCCCAGAUUAAGGAGCCCCGCUUGGCCCGCGUCCCCCCCACCCCCUCCGCGCUGCAGGACCUGAAGGCCGACAACCAGCGGCUGAAGGACGAGAACGCGGCGCUCAUCCGCGUCAUCAGCAAACUGUCCAAGUGA